AUGCGAUUCCAAAACGUUUUGGUGGAUACGGCCACGACGGAAUCAGUAGUGACUGUCGACUGGGAGAACGGUUUCGUAGAAACGUCGGCCAAAGAGAACGUCAACGUAACGCAAGUCUUCAAGGAGCUCCUGACGCAGGCGAAAGUGAAGUACAAUUUAAGUCCUGCCCUUCGACGUCGCCGUCGGCAGUCCUUGCCUUUACACUCGGGUCCACCGCAAACUCCUUCUCAAGCUGCUAUGAUCCCUUCAGCCGUCCAGUUGCAACAUCUUCAGCAAAUAAGAGACCGCCACGGUAAAAGAAAUUCUUGUAUUAUCUCGUAAAU